AUGCUCACUUCUUUGCCUGAUAAUUACCAGGAAUUUCUCUUGGACUUAUUUAAUCGCAUUCUCAAAGAAGGCAUUGUUCCGAACUCGUGGAAAACAUCACUGGUCAUCUUCAUUCCGAAAUCCAAUAAUGAGGGGCUAAGACCUAUCUCGCUACUCUCUUGUGUCACGAAGAUUUUUGAGAAGAUCAUUUAUUUCAGGCUUCAGUGGCUGGUGGAAUCACAGGCACUCUUACCUCAAGAGCAAAUGGGUUUCAGGCAUAAUAGGUCCUGUUCCGAUAGCCUGGUCACUCUCACCAACAAUAUACAAGCUAGCUUUCUGGACGGGGAGGCCGUUGUUGCGGCGUUCCUGAAUAUAAAAGGAGCAUUCGACAACGUGCUACCGUUUGUUGAAAAUACCACUACUCACAGAUCAGUUCAUUUUGUAGAAGAGGGCCGACUCAGUCAAAAAUUUGAGGUCAACAAAGGUACUCCACAAGGUUCUACACUCAGUCCGCUUUUAUUUAAUAUUAGCGUCAGAGAGCUGGAUCAUCACCUUCACCCGGACACUCAAUUUCUACAAUACGCGGAUGACAUAGUUGUUUACUCAUCUUCUAGACAAGCCUGGAACUGUCACUGUCCAAGACCAAAUGGAUGGCUUAACGGAAUGGAGCAUUUUAAGCAGAUUAUCAAAAGAGGAAGAGCAGUGAUUAACAUCUUGUCUUCUCUCGCAGCCGUAUGGUGGGGGUCUCAUCCUCAGCUACUAAUUACAAUCUACCGCGCGGUCUUUAGAGGCUCCAUCGAAUACGGGGCUCAAAUGUUUGUAGUUAAUAAUAAAAGAUCGUUAUUAACACAACUGCAAAGACUACAGUUUAAGGCGUUGAGAAUCGCUUUAGGUUAUAGACAAUCGACCCCUAUCAAUGCUAUCCUGUUUGAAGCCAGGGAGCCUCCCUUAAGACAGAGAUUUGCACACAUGACAGAAAGAUACAUUCUUAAAAUAAUUAGCAAAAGGGGAGGCGCUGUGUCGAACAGCUUGCUCUCCAUGGAACUUACAGCUAGGACGUCGCGGGAGAAAUCCCUUGCUAUCUCGGCUUCACCUUCCUUUAGGUUUGAUGUUACCAACAAACACAUGAUAGACAAAUCAUUCCAGUCCACCAUUCAUCCAGCCUUUGAAACGUCCUAUCUCGAUUUUAUUUCAAGAUUCAAAUACUUACAACCUAUUUUCAUCACCAAGGACAAACCAGAUAGGGUUAUUAUCCAAGAAUUCAUGGACAACACAGCAGAAUUGAGGAAGGAGGCAAUUACUUUCUAUACCGAUGGAUCGAAGUUGGAUGAGCGGGGCUGCGCUGGUGCGGCCUCUUACUCCCCGGAGCUGGGGGUUAGCUUUAGAUACAAGCUAACUCCGGAUACUACGGUCUUUACAGCUGAGGCAUGGGCGAUCUACCAGACUCUUCUCCUUAUUCAAGAUGUAGGAUACUCCAAAGCUAUUAUUUUCUCCGACUCUAAAAGUGUUUUAGAAUCAAUUAACUCUAGUAAAAUCAUUAAUCGCAAUUAUGUCAUCCAUUGGAUUAAGCGCCUUUUAAGAUCUUCCUCAGUGAGGGGCAUUGAUGUCUCUCCGAGCUGGAUUCCGGCACAUAGAGGAAUUCCAGGCAAUGAGAUAGCGGACAGAGCUGCCAAAGAAGCCACUGAGGAAGGGGGCAGAGACAAUUUUAAACUCCCGUCUUCAGACCUUGUACUUAUUGCAGACAGAAAUGCGAGGGAGCGUUUUAUUGGAUAUUUUGAAGAGGCCUCGUUUAAUACCGGCACACAAUUCGCCAGAUUUUAUUCCGAACACUAUGGGAAAACUUGGUUUUAUCAUAUGUCUCUUAGGAGACAAGAAAUUGUUCUUAUCAAUAGAUUGAGAGCUAAUCACUAUAACCUAAAUUAUAGUUUGCACAGAAAGAACAUGGUAGACUCGCCGGUGUGCCCGUGCGGGGAUCCCAGACAGGACGUCAAUCACGUUAUAUUUCACUGCCCUUUGUCUCGGGGUAGAUUCGCGCCUCUAAUUCUAAAUGCCUAG